AUGAACUGUUGUUGUUCUUAUCGGGUUGUACGGCGGUUGUCUACGUGGCUCGGAUGCGGUCCGGGGCAUGACAUUAGUGGAGUGUUAACCAUGGAGUUCGAUGGUGAAAAAGUCGAAUUUAAUAUCUACGACUCCAUGAAAUACCCCACUGAUAAUCACUCUCUAUUUGCAAUUGACACUUGCGACACUUGGGUCCAAGAUGUAUUUGAAAUUGAGGGCAAGGAUAAAGCACUAAGCGCAAUAGAAAACGACAUAGAGGAUUUUACAUUGGAAUACUCUAUGUCAAAUAACAUGAAGAUUAUGGUGGCGGAGUUAAAUCAACUCCCACUUUUGCCACCGGGCUCUGAAGCCCUCCCGCUAACCAUUCCAAGCGAGAAGCCGCUACCAUCUGUUUUGCAGGCACCGGAGGUGGAAUUAAAACCACUCCCUGAAAAUAUGAAGCAUGCGUUCUUGGGUGAAAAUUGCACCCUACCGGUGAUUAUUUCAAAUUCCCUGUCCCAAGAACAAGAAGAAAGAUUGAUCGCGGUCUUGAAGGAAUAUAAAUUGGCCAUUGGAUGGUCUAUUGCCGACAUCAAAGGCAGUAGUCCAUCCACAUGCAUGCACAGGAUCUUGCUCGAAGAUGAGGCCAAAGCGGUGAGACAACCGCAACGAAGAUUGAACCCACCCAUGAUGGAGGUGGUGAAAAAGGAGGUAAUCAAAUUGCUUCAAAUGGGAAUCAUCUUCCCCAUUUCCGAUAGCAAGUGGGUGAGUCCCACUCAAGUGGUGCCAAAGAAGACCGGAGUGACGGUCAUUGAAAACA